CAUCCCCGCCGAGUCCGCGCACCGCGCCAUCUCCUAUUUAGGCGAACUCGGCCUUCUCCAAUUCCGCGACUUAAAUGCUGAUAAAAGCCCCUUUCAGAGAACAUUUGUUAAUCAGGAACGUGGUAUGGGUCGAACGAUUGGUGUAGGACAUGAAUCUCAUGGUCUUUACUACCUCAAGCCUAAUCUUUCUUGGGUUUGCAGUGCUGCCACAUCACCAAAGCUCCUUCAUGAACGUUUGGAACACCCACAUUUAUCUAAAUUAAAAAUAAUGGUUCCGAGCCUUGAAAAAAUAAAGGACCUAUUUUGUGAGUCAUGUCAACUAGGAAAGCAUGUCCGUUCUUCUUUUAGGCAUGUUGAAAGUCGUGUUGAUUCCCCUUUUUCGGUUAUUCACUCUGAUAUAUGGGGUUCUAGUCAUGUUACGUCUAUAGGUUAUAGAUAUUUUGUUACUUUCAUUGAUGAAUUUUCUCGAUGCACUUGGGUUUUCUUAAUGAAAGAGCAAUAUGAAAUUUUGUCCAUUCUCACUUCUUUUAUUAAUGAAAUUAAAACUCAGUUUGGUAAGACAAUUAAGAUCCUUAGGAGUGAUAAUGCGAAGGAAUAUUUUUCUUCUGCUAUUUCUUCUUUUUUGUCAGCGCAGGACAUUCUCCAUCAGUUCUCUUGUUCUCAUACUCCUCAACAGAAUGACAUUGCCGAAAGGAAGAAUAGACAUCUUGUUGAGACUGCUCGGACAUUAUUACUUCAUGCCAAUGUACCUGUCCGGCAUUGGGGUGAUGCAGUUUUGACAGCCUGUUUUUUGAUAAAUCGGAUGCCUUCUUCCUCUAUUAAAAAUAAAAUACCACAUUCUAUUUUGUUUCCUAAAGAACCAUUGUUUCAUGUUGAUCCACGUAUUUUUGGAUGCACCUGUUUUGUUCAUAACUUGUCUCCAAGUCUUGAUAAGCUUGCUGCUCGAGCCAUCAAAUGUGUUUUCCUAUGAUAUUCCAGAUUACAGAAAGGUUACCGAUGUUACUCUCCUGUUCACAAUCGUUAUUAUAUCUCUGCAGAUGUAAUUUUUUUUGAAGAAAAACCAUACUUUGCUCCCUCCAUGGUUGAGUCCAAUACUCUUCAAGAAGUUUUUCCUAUUCCCUAUCUUGGUCCAUCACCUUCUUUGCAAGAAUCAGAGUCAACUGUAGAUUCUACCAUAGAUAUUCCUGACAAUCCUCCACUUGAGCAGACUCAAAGAUCACCCAUCGUAUAUCGACGUUGUCCUCGAAUUCCUGACGCAGAACUUGAAGGUAAUGAAAGACCAGCUGAAUCAUGUCUUACUCCAGCAGACAACCCGACCAUGGACCUACCCGAAGAGAAUCUUAAUUUGCCCAUUGCUCUUAGGAAAGGUAAAGCGAUGUGGAGAAAUGUCAAGAAAGCUACGAUUCUUCAAGGAUCAAAUCAGUAAAGCUGGUCUAAUGUCUUCUUCUCGUACUGAAUUGCAACCCGAUAUAGACUUGGAGGAUUUAGAGAUACAACUUGCUGAACAUGAACAUGAGCUGAUUGAAAUGAACUCUAAUAGUGACAAACUUCGGCAAUCCUAUAAUGAACUCCUAGAAUUCAAAAUUGUAUUACAAAAGGCAUGUGGUUUUCUUGUUUCCAAUCAUAGCCGUGUGGUUUUAGAUGAAAGAGAACUACGAGAGAAUGUAUAUUCAAAUGAUGCCUAUGUUGAGACAGUAUCUUUGCUUGAACAGGAAAUGAGGCCUCAGUCAUCAAACUCGUCUGGUUUAAGAUUUAUCAGUGGGAUUAUUUGUAAAUCCAAGGUUCUUAGGUUUGAAAGGAUGUUGUUUCGUGCUACGAGAGGCAAUAUGCUUUUCAAUCUGGCACCGGCUGAUGAACAAAUCAUGGAUCCUGUUUCAGCUGAUAUGAUUGAAAAAACAGUGUUUGUUGUGUUUUUCUCUGGGGAACAAGCAAGAACCAAGAUUCUGAAAAUUUGUGAGGCAUUUGGUGCAAAUUGUUAUCCUGUUCCUGAAGAUAUUAGUAAGCAGAGGCAAAUAACUAGAGAGGUUUCAUCACGUCUUACGGACUUAGAGGCAACUUUGGAAGCUGGGAUUAGGCACCGAAACAAGGCUCUAGCUUCUGUUGCAGACCAUCUAGCAAAAUGGAUGAACAUGGUAAGAAGAGAGAAGGCUGUGUAUGAUACGCUGAACAUGUUAAACUUUGAUGUCACAAAAAAAUGUCUUGUUGGAGAGGGCUGGUGUCCUCUGUUUGCAAAAACACAGAUGCAGGAGGCACUGCAACGUGCAACUUUCGAUAGCAAUUCUCAAGUUGGCAUAAUCCUCCAUCCAAUGGAUGCAGUGGAAUCACCACCUACAUAUUUUAGGACCAACACUUUCACAAAUCCUUAUCAAGAAAUUGUUGAUGCAUACGGUGUUGCAAGAUACCAAGAAGCAAAUCCUGCAGUUUACACAACUGUUAUAUUCCCUUUCCUGUUUGCUUUGAUGUUUGGGGACUGGGGUCAUGGAAUUUGCCUGUUGCUAGGAGCAUUGGUUCUUAUAGCACGUGAAAACAAGCUCAGCACACAGAAACUUGGAAGCUUUAUGGAGAUGCUAUUUGGUGGCCGCUAUGUGCUUCUUCUAAUGGCACUAUUUUCAAUCUAUUGUGGCUUAAUCUACAAUGAAUUUUUUUCUGUUCCUUUUCACAUAUUUGGUGCAUCAGCUUACAAAUGCCGCGAUAGUUCAUGCAGGGAUGCACAUACUAUUGGCUUAAUCAAAUACCAAGAUCCAUACCCGUUUGGUGUAGAUCCCAGCUGGCGUGGAAGUCGAUCAGAAUUGCCUUUCCUAAACUCUUUGAAGAUGAAGAUGUCCAUUCUGUUUGGUGUGGCACAUAUGAACUUGGGGAUUGUAUUGAGUUAUUUUAAUGCUCAUUUCUUUCGAAACUCACUGGAUAUAAGGUACCAGUUUGUGCCACAGAUGAUUUUCCUUAACAGUCUAUUUGGGUAUCUUUCCCUUCUCAUUGUUAUCAAGUGGUGUACUGGCUCUCAAGCAGACCUUUAUCAUGUAAUGAUAUACAUGUUUUUAAGCCCCACAGACAAUCUUGGCGAGAAUCAGUUGUUCUGGGGCCAAAGACCUCUUCAAAUUGUGUUAUUGCUUUUGGCUGUAAUUGCAGUUCCAUGGAUGCUCUUUCCAAAACCUUUUAUACUAAAGAAGCUUCAUACUGAGAGGUUUCAAGGUCGUAGUUAUGGUAUACUGAAUACCUCUGAGGUGGAUCUUGAGGCUGAGCCUGAUUCUGCCAGACAACAUCAUCAUGAAGAAUUCAAUUUCAGUGAGGUCUUUGUUCAUCAAAUGAUCCAUGCCAUUGAAUUUGUUCUAGGUUCAGUUUCUAAUACAGCAUCAUAUCUUCGUCUUUGGGCAUUAAGUUUGGCUCACUCAGAACUUUCUACUGUUUUCUAUGAAAAAGUCCUGCUUCUUGCUUGGGGGUAUGACAAUCUUGUCAUUCGGUUGGUGGGGCUAACCGUUUUUGCCUUUGCAACUGCCUUUAUACUACUAAUGAUGGAGAGUCUUAGUGCUUUUCUUCAUGCCCUUCGGCUUCACUGGGUAGAAUUUCAAAAUAAAUUCUACCAUGGUGAUGGCUACAAGUUCAGGCCUUUUUCAUUUGCCUCCUUAACAGAGGAUGACGAUUGAUAUUCAUGUCUGGUUUCAUGGCAAAUAUAUACAAGGAUAUUUCCACAAGGGAGCAUAAAAUGAGAAUUUGUAGUGUCGGAACCAAAUUUGGCGGCUAUGGUUGUUAGGCUUGCUUGAUGAUAUUCUUCUUGAUAUUGACCUAGCAACAAAAAUUUCCUGCUCAUUUCCCCAUGGCUUCGGGGUUGUAACAAGAUCGCACUGCCGAUGGUCAUGGAAGGUAUCUCUAACCGAAUAUUUGCUUUAUAGUUUUUUAUUAUUUUUCUUUUUCUUAGAAUAGGAAACGGAAGAGCUAAGGGAAGGGACUGCUUAGAGUAAUUUUUGUAAACAAGAGCUGGGAUCCAUCAGAGUGUAGCUAUUGGAUUUCGGUUCUUUGGGGUUACAUACAUAUAUACAUGAUGUAGGGCAGGUUUUACUGGGAAAUAACCAAUUUUCUGAAAUUUUCUUGUAUUGAUAGAUGACAAGUUAUAGAGCCCCAAUUUUUUUUGUAAGGAUUGAUCAAAGUAAAAUACAGACAUCUGAAGUUGAAUAAUGCCAUCUGUAUGAUGCUUGUGUAAUGCCUAGUUGGCAACUUACAAUUGAAAUGUUACUUCCACCAUCCCAAGUUGAAUAAAAUGCAGAGACAUUUGUUUAGUUAACU